AUGGCAGAGGAUCAGAAGGAUGACAAGCCCAUCUUCGUGGAAGGCAAUCAGGACCUCUUCCAGUUCGUGAUAGACUAUCACCGGGACCGGAAAGUUAUCCUCCCCAUGACCGUGGCUAGAGAUGCUCUAGUGCGAGAGUUGAAUCGUUUUGGAUUGGAACCCACAGAAGAGCAGAUUGUCGAGCAUGGCAUUUGCUUCUCAAAGGUGAAGAAAAGAAUGGCCACCUGGGCAGCUGAAAAUGAGACACGGCAGAAGAACUUCGCCGCCGAACUGCUGGGCUCAUGGUAUGCUAAAGCAGCUGUUGCCCAAGGCCCCUUGCGGGACAAGGGAGAAGGCUUCUCUGUUCGAUGGCCCGAUGUGCAAGCCGUGCCACUCGAUGUUAAUUCGCACACUUACAUGCAACUCUUCAGUUGUGUGGAGUCAUCCGCGCUGGCAGAGUCUGAGAGCUUGCAAGGCUUUGCUAAAGCCUUCGGAUAUUCAGUGACAGCCAUUGGUCAGGGUCGCCACGGCGACUGGCAGGUGGACUUCAAGCAGGCAUUUUGA